AUGCCACUGCGCUAUCGUCCGGUGCUGUCGUCAGUUGGGUGCAAAAGUGUCGAAGGCAGUUACAGCUGGUUUUCUUACCUGGAAACAAUGCUGUUCGAUAUGAAAAGCAACGGCUACUCUGAUUUUGAUUGCGAGAAAUAUGCUGUGCCAGUGAAGCGCUUCCAUCAGGCACCGUUCGCCGAGUACAUGAGAUAUCUGGACAACAACUUUGAAGUCGAGGUAGCACUGAUGAGCGAUUAUGAUUAUGACAUUUUGCCACUGAAACUUUAUUGGUUUGCACGAGUUGUGAAGGUUGCUGGAUAUCGUUUAUUACUCCGAUACGAGGGAAUGGAUCGUGAAAGCGAUGAUACUUUCGAUUUCUGGGUCAGUAUUGGCUCCAGGGACUUCAAACCUCUUGGC